UCGCAUGGUGGUCCAACUCCUCUAAUUCCAGCCUCCAGGGAUUUAGAUUGCAUUUGUUUGAUGUCUUACUUCUUUGAGAUCAGAGAGUUUAAUUGAAUUCAUCUCGAACUCGAAGCUUCCAAGUUGAAUAAAUUUUUUUACAGUUCCGGAUGGAGCAAAACCUUUCAACCAUUUUCCGUUGAAAAGUGUUUUCGUUCAAUUUUGUCAUCGUCUACAUUGUUGAACAUAAUUAGGCAGUACCGUUUGUACAAAAAGGAUAACUAAAUCUUGUAUUUCUUUUUAUUGAGAAACUGCUAAAAACCUGACGAUUAAAAAAUUAAUUACCAUCAUAUAGCCAAAUAAGUACAGUAACCAUGAAGAAAGGGGAGUACAAUAAGGUUGAUGGCGAUGAAUCAGAGAAGAUCAAUGAAGAGGAUCGAAGGAUAUCUCAAAUGGGGUAUUUUGGCUGGCGACCCAGGUUUCUUGAGAGAUUCAACACCCCAGCAAUGUUCACAGCUCUAUUCUCCUUAAGCAACUUCUUCCUCAUGAUCCCUUAUGGUAUCCUGGUCCUGAUAAUCCCAACUCUGGAGACCGUCUUCAAUCUGAACUCUAAACAGACCGGACUGAUUUUGAUAGCUAACGACAUAUCUGGCAUGGUUGCUGCUGUGAUAAUGACUAAUUAUUGUGGUGCCAAGAAGAUCAGAUGGAUAGGACUGGGAAUGAUUGUGGUGGUUAUUGCGUUUAUGUUUCCGACUUCAACGACUCUCCUAGUUGAGUAUCCUCAGCCAAAGAACCUCACUUUUAUCGAUACUGACAGUCCAGAUAGAAUGAAAAUGAUGAGUAUUUGUGGAGAAGAUCCAGAUUCGGCGGAAAACGAUCAGGAGUCAGAAUAUGGUUACGCGAUGAGGAACCACAAAUACUUUCAGCUCUUCUUUUUUGGUUAUCUUCUUCAAGGGCUAGGUGCUACCCCUCCUCUCACAGCUGGUGUCACCUAUCUAGAUGAAAUUUACUCCCAGAAAAAGUUUGCCAGUUGCCCUGGCGUCUCUCACUGUGUUUUCGUUCAUCGGCUACCCAUUCGCAAUGGUGAUAGGAUCAGUAUUUUUGGGAUGGUACGUCACCUUAUCCAUGCCGGAGGGAAUGACGCAAGACAGUAAGGAGUUUGUGGGAGCUUGGUGGCUAGGUUUUUUCAUUCCUUCUGUAGCUGCCUUCUUCCUAAGUUUCCUUG